UCUUCCGCGUUCCCUGAGGCCUGGACUGGGACUUAGGAGCCGACGCAAACUCCGUGCGCCUGCGCGCUCCCUGCUCACUCAGCCAACAUGGCGCCCGUGGAGCACGUUGUGGCGGACGCUGGGGCUUUCCUGCGGGAUGCGGCUCUGCAGGACAUCGGGAAGAACAUUUACACCAUCCGGGAGGUGGUCACUGAGAUUCGGGACAAGGCCACGCGCAGGCGGCUCGCUGUCCUGCCCUACGAGCUGCGGUUCAAGGAGCCCUUACCGGAAUACGUGCGGCUGGUAACUGAGUUUUCAAAGAAAACAGGAGAUUACCCCAGCCUCUCUGCCACGGACAUCCAAGUGCUCGCGCUCACAUACCAGUUGGAAGCAGAGUUUGUUGGGGUGUCUCACCUAAAACAAGAACCACAGAAGGUUAAAGUGAGUUCGUCAAUUCAGCACCCAGAAACACCUCUGCACAUUUCUGGUUUCCACCUGCCCUCCAAGCCUAAACCCCCACAAGAAACAAGAGAGAAAGGACGCCCAGCUUGUGAGCCUGAGAACUUGGAAUUUAGUUCCUUCCUGUUCUGGAGAAACCCUCUGCCCAACAUCGAUCAUGAACUGCAGGAGCUACUGAUUGACAUAAGUGAGGAUGUUCCAAGUGAGGAGGAGGAGGAAGAAAACGGGUUUGAAGACAGAAAAGAUGACAGCGAUGACGAUGCUGGUGGCUGGAUAACCCCCAGCAACAUCAAGCAGAUCCAGCAGGAGCUGGAGCAGUGCGACGUCCCCAAGGAUGUUCGGGUUGGCUGCGUGACCACAGACUUCGCCAUGCAGAAUGUUCUGCUGCAGCUGGGGCUACACGUGCUGGCGGUGAACGGCAUGCUGAUCCGCGAGGCCCGGAGCUACAUCUUGCGCUGCCACGGCUGUUUCAAGACAACCUCUGACAUGAGCCGAGUGUUCUGUUCACACUGUGGGAACAAGACCCUGAAGAAAGUGUCCGUGACCGUCAGUGAUGACGGCACCCUGCACAUGCACUUCUCCCGCAACCCCAAAGUACUGAACCCCCGUGGGCUCCGGUAUUCGCUUCCCACUCCCAAAGGGGGCAAAUAUGCCAUCAACCCCUAUCUCACCGAGGAUCAGCGUUUCCCCCAGCUACGACUCUCCCGAAAGGCCAGGCAGAAAACCAACGUGUUUGACCCCGACUACAUCGCUGGGGUGUCACCCUUCGUAGAGAAUGACAUCUCUAGCCGCUCAGCCAUACUGCAGCUCCGGGACAGCACCUUGGGAGCUGGGCGGAGACGCUUAAAUCCCAAUGCUUCCAGAAAGAAGUUUGUGAAGAAAAGGUGAAAUGCGAGUUCCCACAGACAGACUGGAUGGCUGUGGUGGCUGCUGAGGAGUUCCAGUGUCGCAUUUCCCCAGGCGGGUGUCACGCUGCAGCCUUGCCUGGCCAUGCUCUGCUGGGUCAGCAGGGAACUGGGCCGUCUGUUGCCUGUGAAGAUCCGGACUACCUGGCCGCCUGCCACAUGAAGGAGAAUUAGAUAAAAACAGAAAGAACAUAGAUAAAAACAAAGAACAACGCCCUGUAUCCAAUCUUCAAGAAAGGAAUUUCCAAAGGAGAAUAUUUUUCUAAUAAAUGUGACUGCAAGCUCCAGUGCAUUUUUAUUAAAUAGGCCAAAUUGCUCUGCUUAGGUCAUGUCAAGGCCAACACUUGAGCUGCAUGCUCAGAGAACAAGCAUUGAGAUUUAUCUUCCUGCCAGAAAAUACAAGCUUAUCAUAAAACGAAGGACUACCAGUUUCUUUUCCUUUUAACCUUUUUUUGAGACAAGUUUUCAUCAUUCUGGAAAGUGCAGUGUGGUCAGCUCCCAGACGGCCUUUCAUCUGGAUUCUCCACGGUUCUGCCUCACCUGCUUUUUCUGCACACAUAGUAACAAAGUAUAAGUCUCCUAGGAAAAUGAUAUUCUUUUACAUAACCACACAAAUUGAAGUAUCACGUUGGUACAUUACUAUUACCUCGUAUAUUCAGCACUGGAAAUCAUCCCGUAUCAGUUCAUAGAGAUUUUCCACAUUUUUCAGCUGCCUGGUAUUGCCAAGUGCUACCAAACAAACUAUUAUGUACUUACCGAUGUUAGCCUAUUUAAUCCAUAGAAUGUUAAUAAAGGGUAUGGCUGCUGUUAUUUCAAGCAGUCCUGAGCUGCAAGAGGUUAAAUGAAUUUAACCUCACGUAGUUUAAAAGUGACAGCCUGUGAGUGGCCGGGGCAAGAUUUCAACUUUGUGCUUUUAAGCAACAAAUGUACCAGUGGAGAUGGUAGGAAGGAGAGUGAACACUGCCUGCUUUCUGUCCCCAUCUUUGUGAAACUCCUGCUCUUAAGAGGAUUGAUGGCUUGACACCUACCUGGAGCACAGGGUGCUGGGGGAGAGGUGAGUGGUUGUUAGAGCCUGGGGUGACUCCCACAUGCCCUUUCCAUUUUUGCUUGUACUCUGUUCUGUCAGACAUAGAGAAGCGUAAUAGGCCAGGCAUGGUGGCUCAUGCUUCUAACUCCAGCAUUUUGGGAAGUCACGGCCGGAUCGCUUGAGCCUAGGACACAGAGAACAACCUAAGCCAAAAGAAUGUCUAGAGAGAAUACAAGGUAAGGCUCUUAGCAUAAUUGCACCCCUUUCUCACCGUCCUCUUGGAAUUCCUUCCCUUUCUCUCAGUCCCACCCAUUUCAUUCCUUAUAUGAGGCCGUAAGACUUAUAUAAGAGUGGUCAGGAUUUAGCCUACAGUAAACAUAUAAUUUUUUUUUUUCUUUUUGAGACUGAUGCCCAGGCUGGAGUGCAGUGGCUCAAUCUGCAGCCUCUGCCUCCUGGGUUCAAGUGAUUCUCCUGCCUCAGCCUCUGGAGUAGCUGGGACUAGAAGCGUGUGCUGCCACGCCCAGCUUUUUUUUUUUUUUUUUUUUUUUGUAUUUUUAGUAGAGAUGGGGUUUUGCCAUGUUAGCCAGGCUGUUCUCGAAUUCCUGACCUCAGGUGAUCUGCCUGCCUUGGACUUUCAAAGUUCUGGGAUUACAGGCGUGAGCCACCACGCCCGGCCUCACAUGUAAUUUUAAAAAGUCAUGGACCAGGUGCUGUGGUUCAUGCCUGUAAUCCCAACAAUUUGGGAGGCCAAAGUGGGAGGAUCGAUUGAGCCCAGGAACUUUGAGACCAGCUUGGGCAACAUAAUGAGACCCCAUGUCUGUAAAAUACACAAAAAUUAGCAGGUGUCAUGAUACUCAACUAUAGUCCCAGCUAUUUGGGAGGCUGAGGUCGGAGGAUUGCUUGAGCCCCCUGAGGGUGAGGUUGCAGUGAGUUGAGAUCACACCACUGCACUCCAGCCUGGGUAACAGAGACCCUGUCUCAAAAGAAGAAAACUUGUUGGCCGGGCACAGUGGUUCAGGCCUGUAAUCCCAACAUUUUGGGAGGCUGAGGGAGGCAGAUCACUUUAACAGGAGUCUAAUACCAGCCUGGCCAACAUAGCAAAAUCACACAAGCAAACAAACUUAGUGAAACAAAUUAGCUGCUCACGGUGGUGCCACCUGUAGUCCCAGCUACUUGGGAGGCUGAGGUAAGAGGAUCACUUGGGCUCAGGAGCCAGAGGGGGUUGCAGUGAGCUGAGAUCCUGCCACCAUACUCCAGCCUGGGUGACAGAGCAAGACUGCCUGUCUCAAAAAGCAAAACACAUGGCACAGUGGCUCCCACCUGUAAUCCCAGCACUUUGGGAAGCCAAGGCGGGCAGAUCACCUGAGGUUGGAAGUUUGAGACCAGCCUGACCAACAUGGAGAAACCCCAUCUCUCUUAAAAAUAUAAUAUUAAGGCCGGGCACGGUGGCACAAGCCUGUAAUCCCAGCACUUUGGGAGGCCGAGGAAGGUGGAUCAUGAGGUCAAGAGAUCAAGACCAUCCUGGUCAACAAGGUGAAACCCCGUCUCUACUAAAAAUACAAAAAAUUAGCUGGGCACGGUUGCGCUACUCAGUAAUCCCAGCUACUCAGGAGGCUGAGGCAGGAGAAUUGCCUGAACCCAGGAGGCGGAGGUUGCGGUGAGCUGAGAUCGCACCAUUGCACUCCAGCCUGGGUAACGAGCAAAACUCCGUUUCAAAAAAACAAAACAAAUAUAUAUAUAUUAUUAGCUGGGUGUGAUAUAAGCCUAGCUACUCAGGAGGCUGAGGCAGGAGAAUUGCUUGAACCCUGGGAGGUGGAGGGUGCAGUGAGCCAAGAUCAUGCCAUUGCAUUCCAGCCUGGGUAAUGGGCAAAACUCGAUCUCAAAAAAAAAAAAGCAGAUAGGGAAAAAAGACCUGGAGCUCAACCAGGAAUUGAGGCCCUGUGUCAGCUAUAACCUUAGGGAAAAUGCAACUUCUCUGAAGCUAAUUUUUUUUUCUUCCUCUGCAGAAGAAUAUCAUACCUGUUUCACAGUAUUGUGAUAAGUAGAUAAAACCCUUUAGGAGGGCUUUGCUAGCUGUGAAACCCUGCAUCAGUGUGCAUGCAUCCAUUUCCCCUGAGAAUUUGUGUGACUCUUUUUUUUUUCUUUGAGUUGGAGUUUUGCUCUUUUUGCCCAGGCUGUAAUACAGUGGUUCAAUCUCGGCUCACUGCACCCUCCGUCUCACGGGUUCAGGUGAUUGUUUUGCCUCAGCCUCCCAAGUAGCUGGGAUUACAGGUGCAUGCCACCAUGCCUAGCUAAUUUUGUAGUUUUAGUAGAGACAGUUUCACCAUGUUAACCAAGGCUGGUUCCAAACUCCUGACCUCAGGUGAUGUGCCUACCAGCCUUUUUUUUUUGAGAUCGAGUCUCGCUAUGUCACCCAAGCUGGAGUGCUUUCCAGAGUGCUGGGAUUACAGGCAUGAGCUCCUGAACCCGGCCAGCUGUUUCUUAUGCAGAAAGCAUUCCAAGCUUUUGAAACCCAACUCUUCCUAGUUUAAUGGUUAGUCAUGUGUGGAUAUGGACAAGGCCUUCCAUAAUGUGUAGCUGGGCUCUUAGCAGAGCAUGUUUUUUUUGUUUUUUUUUUUUUUUUAAGUUUCAAAAUAUAUAUAUUAUUUUGAAUAUAUAUAUUCAAAGCCUGUAGUCCCAGCUACUUGGGAGGCUGAGGUAAGAGGAUCACUUGGGCCUGACCUCAAGGAGGUCAGGCUGGUCUUGAACUCCCGACCUCAGGGUGAUCCGCCCACCUUGGCCUCCAAAGUUCUUGGAUUACAGGCAUGAGCCACCAUGCCCGGCCGUUUUUUUUUGUAAAGACAGGGUCUUGCUCUGUCACCCAGGCUGGAGUGUUGUAGUACAAACAUGGCUCACUGCCACCUUGACCUCCUUUUGAGUUAAAGCGAUUGGAUUCUCCCAUGCCAGCUUCCAGAGUAGCUGGGACUACAGGUGCCUGCCACCAUGUGACUAAUUAUUAUUAUUAUUAUUGGAGAGAUGGUGUCUCACUUUGUUGCCCAGGCUGGUCUCGAACUCCUGGGCUCAAGCAGUCUUUCCAUCUUGGCCUUCCAAAAUUCUGAGCUUACAGGUGUGAGUCACUGUGCCUGGCCAGAACCUUUCAAAUGAUUAUCUUCUUGCACCUGUUGAUGGCUUCUGCCGUGCAGGAGAGGGAGCUGCCUCCUAGCCCCUUGGUAUCUGUAGCACUGGGCUGCAGGGUUAAUUUGCAUUGAUUAGGAAUGAGUCAAGGCAAAGCAAACAGGGUUCUUAUCUCAUGUUGCAAAGAAUAAGAGCUCUCAAGUAUUGGAGAACCUUAUCAAGGAGAUGAGAUGAGUGAAGUGUUCUCCGGAGUGCACCGCAGGAGUGUGGGAAAUCAGAAACUCCCUGAUUACCGUGACCACAGCCAGAGAUGGUUACACAAGAGAUCAACAAUCUACAUGUUGCCACACCCAUUCCCUGCUCCUCCACACAAUCUGUCUCCUUGUAAAGAAGCAAAGCUCAUACUAGAACAAUGUAAGUCUUGUUAAAAAAAAAACUCGAGAGAGCUCUGUUUAUACAUAUGCCAAGAUUGAGCAUGCCUGAGUACCAAAGGACAAAGGUAAUACAGGUCCUCUGAUCUGUAUGUGACAUAAUAAGGGUAUAAUAGGCUGGGUGUGGUGACUCACCCCUGUGAUCCCAGCACUUUGGGAGGCCAAAGCAGAAAGAUCCCUUGAACUCAGGAGAUGAAGACCAGCCUGGGCAACAUGGUGAAACCCACCUCUACUAAAGAAAUUUCAAAAAUUAGCUUGAUGUGGUGGCCUAUACCUGUAGUCUCAGCUACUAAGGUGGCUGACUCAAGAUUCCCUUGAAUCCAGGAGGCAGAGGUUGCAGUGAGCUGAGAUCGCACCACUGUACUCCAUCCUGGGUGACAGGGUAAGACCCUGUCUCAAAAAAAUAAAUAGGGAGUUGUGGUGGCUCAGGCCUGUUGUCCUGGCCCUGGGCAACAUAAAACCCUCUCAUUUGUUAUUAAUUAAUGUAUAAUACAAAGAUGCUAGGAUGCUUGCUCCCACCAGAAAAAAAAAUAUCAAUACAAGGAUGACUGGAAACAGUUUUAUAUUUUGUAGCCACAUUUAAAAAGAAGAACCAGGCUAGGUAUGAUGGACUAACGCCUGUAAUCCCAGCACUUUGGGGAGGCAAGGUGGUCAGAUCACUUGAGGUCAAGAAUUCAAGACAAGCCUGGCAAAAUGGUGAAACCCCAUCUCUACUAAAAAUACAAAAAGCUGGGCAUGGUUGCAAGUACCUAUAAUCCUAGCUACUCAGGAGGCUGAGGCAGGAGAAUUGCUUAAACCUGGGAGGCAGGCAGAGGUUGAAGUGAGUCAAGAUGGUGCCACUGCAUGGUUGCCUGGACCAGAGCCAGACUCUUGUCAUUCAUUGAUAGAUAGAUAGAACCCCAUCUGUGUAUUCGCUAAUUUUUUAGAGAAAAAUAAGAAUAACUGACCAGGCUGGGUGUAGUGGCUCAUGCCUGGAAUCCCAGCACUUUGGGAGGCUUAGGCAGGCAGAAAGCUUGAGUUCAGGAGUUCAGGACCAGCCUGGGCAACAUGAUGAAACCCCAUCUCUACGAAAAGUAAGCUGGGUAUGGUGGCAUGUCCCUAAAGUCCCAGCUACUUGGCUGAGGCAGGAAGACUGCUUGAGCCCAGGAGGUCGAGGCUGCAGUGAGCCAAGAUCACAUCACUGCACACCAGCCUGGGCAACAGAACAAGACUCUCAAUUAAAAAAAAAAAUCCACAACUCAGUUUGCUGCCUUGAAUACAGUCUCUUAAGAACAAAUAAAUGUUAUUUUAAGAGAAUUUUGAGGUUUUUGUUUUUGUUUUGUCCUUUGAGACCGUCUUGCCCUAUUGCCCAGGCUGGAGUGCGGUGGCACAAUCUCAGCUGACUGCAGCCUCCAUCUCUUCAAGCAGUUCUGCCUCAGCCUUCCAAGUACCUGGGACUAUAGGCACAUGCCACCAUGCCCAGCUAAUUUUUGUAUUUUUGGUGAAGAUAGUGUUUCACCAUGUUGACCAGGCUGAUCUUAAACUCCUGACCACAGGUGAUCCGCCUGCCUAGACCUUCCAAAGUGCUGAGGAUUACAGGUGUGAGUCACUGUGACUGGCAGAAAUUUCAUUUUAACCAGAGCAUUCCAAGCCCAAUAAAGGAUGGCCUAAUUCAGGUAAUACAUAACUUACAGAAAUUAUAGCAGGACACGUCCAAAGGCCGUGGCUCAUGCCUCUAAUCCCAGCACUUUGGGAGGCUAAAGCAGGUGGAUCACAAGGUCAGGAGUUCAAGACCAGCCUAACCAACAUGGUGAAACCCUGAUUCUACUAAAAAUAAAAAAAUUAGCUGGGUGUCAUGGCACGCACCUGUAAUCCCAGCUACUUGGGAGGCUGAGAUAGGAGAAUCACUUGAACCUGGGAGUUAGAGGUUGCAGUGAGCAGCGAUCACGCCACUGCAUUCCAGUCUGGGUGACAGAGUGAGACUACAUAUCAA